AUGUUGACAAUCUCCACCGUCUUCGCCAGCCUUCAGGCUUUCUCCACGGUCACUGUGGCCAUUCCCGCCCGCCGCGCCGAUGACCCCGGCCCCAACUCGGGCAUUGACCCCAAGGGAAUCCUCGGCUACGGCACCGUCCCCAUCUCCUGGGACCUCCCAACCGACCUGAACAACCCCUCCGCCGGCACCAUCACCGUGACCGGCACAGUCCAAGAAGCCGUCGCAGCCAUGGAAGCCGCCUACCCAGGCUGGAACGGCACCUUCCAGUCCAAGCUUCCGGCCUCCACCGCGGAGCAGCAGGAAGACGGCGACGAUACCUCUGACUUGGGCCUCUUCUCCUUCCCCACGCGCGAGUCGUUCACAUGCGACCUCCCUUACGUCCAGGCCAGCAAGCGUAUGAUUUGGGAUGGCAUCCGCUACCUCCGCACAUUGAGUGGUUCGGCCAAGAAUGGCCCCGGUAGCCCGGGCAAGGGCAACUGCGGGAGGGUGAGCUGCAGUUGGAGUGCGGCUAUUUGGUGGUGCAAUGAUGUAGGUUUUGUCGUGUGUGAUGUUGAUCUAUGGAAAAUUACUAACAAUGACGAAACACAGAAUAACUUCGAGAAGGAGGUCGGGUGGAAUGAUAUUGCUGAUGGUGCUGAGUUCCUCUGCCGCUCCGACUGUGUCCACAGGAAGAAGGACGUCUUGGGCCAGGUGUUUUACACGGAUAAGUGGAAUGUGAUUGCUCGUCACGAUCAGAACAACUGCUAG